AUGCAAUUUUUUUCCAGUGCAGUAGAUGAAUUUGAGCAAAUAAGUACCACAAUUUCACAGUUAUCCUGGCUCUGAAAUCUUGGUGUCUUCUCAGAAACACAACUUUCUUUGUUGCUGAGCUCGUCGAGUGAUACGUCGUAUACUGUGCAAGAUAACGAUUCGAGUCAGUUCAAUUCUCAAAGCAUUCAACAGCCAACUGAAUCGCCAUCGAUCGAAAACGAGAUGAAUCGUUCGCAGCAAGAAAUCAAUCUGGAUGAAAAGUGUCUUCUGGAAUUGUCGAGUCGUGACUUGUUUGAUGGAAGUUCGAUAUAUGGUGAGGAAUGUUUCGACGAGCGAUCACUGUACGGGUCUAAUGUUGAGAAUACCACAACAUCUGCAGUUUUAGACUGC